AUGGCUCCUCACGCAGAUGAGCACACGGGCUCCUCGAACGGGGCGGCGCCUGCCAACAACGGCCACCCGGCCACCGCCGCCCAUGAUGUUUUCACCGUCAACUCUCCCAACGUCACCUACACCGACGCCGAGAUCAAGUCCAGGUACACUUACCGCACCACCAAGGUCGAGACGGGUGCCGAUGGCAAGUUUGUUGCCACGCCUACCGAGACCCUGUAUGACUUCAAAGUCGACCGCAAGGUGCCCAGGACGGGCAUGAUGCUGGUCGGCUGGGGUGGUAACAACGGCACCACCGUCACGGCCGGAAUCCUCGCCAACCGCGGCAACAUGGUUUGGGAGACCAAGGAGGGCCCCCGCGAGGCGAACUACUACGGCUCCAUCGUUAUGGCGUCGACCAUGAAGCUCGGUACCGAGGCCAAGACCAACAAGGACGUCAACAUCCCCUUCAACCAAGUCCUCCCCAUGGUUCACCCCAACGACCUCGUCAUCGGCGGCUGGGACAUUAGCAAGAUGAACCUGGCCGACGCCCUGGACCGCUCUCAGGUCCUCGAGCCCACCCUCAAGGCCCAGGUCAAGAAGCAGAUGGUCAACAUGACUCCCCUCCCCUCCAUCUACUACCCAGACUUCAUCGCCUCCAACCAGGAGGAUCGCGCCGACAACGUCAUCGAGGGCAGCAAGGCCUCCCUGGCCCACGUUGAGCACAUUCGCAAGGACAUCCGCAACUUCAAGGAGCAGAAUGGCCUCGACAAGGUCAUUGUCAUGUGGACCGCCAACACGGAGCGCUACGCCGACCUUGUCCCCGGCAUCAACGAUACGGCCGACAACGUCCUCAAGGCCAUCGAGCAGGGAAACGAGGAGAUAUCCCCCUCCUCCGUCUUCGCCGUCUCCUGUAUCCUCGAGAACACGCCCUUCAUCAACGGCUCGCCCCAGAACACCUUUGUUCCCGGUGUCAUCGAGCUGGCCGAGAAGCACGGCGCAUUCAUUGGCGGCGACGACUUCAAGUCGGGCCAGACCAAGAUGAAGUCGGCCCUCGUCGACUUCCUCAUCAACGCAGGCAUCAAGCUCACCUCCAUCUCCAGCUACAACCACCUGGGUAACAACGACGGCAAGAACCUCAGCUCCCAGAAGCAGUUCCGCUCCAAGGAGAUCUCCAAGUCCAACGUUGUCGACGACAUGGUCGAGGCCAAUUCGGUCCUCUACAAGCCCGGCGAGCACCCGGACCACUGCGUCGUCAUCAAGUAUAUGCCCGCCGUUGCCGACAACAAGCACUCCCUCCUGGCCUCCCCCCUCAUCAUUGACCUCGUCAUUCUCGCCGAGAUGAUGACCCGCAUCCAGUGGAAGGCCGCCUCGUCCGAUGGCACCGUCACGGCCGAGUACAAGAACUUCCACUCGGUCCUCAGUGUCCUAAGCUACAUGCUCAAGGCCCCCCUGACGCCUCCCGGAACUCCCGUCGUCAACGCCCUCGCCAAGCAGCGCUCUUGCCUGAACAACGUUUUCCGCGCUUGCGUCGGUCUCGAGCCCGAGUCUGACAUGACACUCGAGCACAAGCUCUUUUAA